GCUCGUCGGGCGGCGCAGCUCACGUGACCGCGCUCCGGGCCUGCGGCCGCUGUCGGUUCCCCCAGUCACCGAGCGAGAGGGAAGAAACAAGAUGGCGGCUGCAGGCGAUCCGGAGCGGGGCCCCGGCAAUUCGGACUGAGCCUUCUCUCUCCACCCCGCCGCUGCCGGGCCGCGCCCCUCCCGCCCGGGCCCCGGCGCCCUCCCCUCCCCCUCGGCCCGGCGCCCCCCGGCGCCCCUCCCCCCACUCCUUCCGCUCCCCCCCCCCCCCCGGCCGCGGCUCCGACAUGAGGGGCCGGCGGGGCAGGCCGCCCAAGCAGCCCGCGGCUCCCGCUGCGGAGCGCUGCGCCCCGGCCCCGCCGCCGCCGCCACCGCCGCCGCCGCCGCCGCCGCCGCCGCCCGCGUCCGGACCCAUCGGGGGGCUGCGCUCGCGGCACCGCGGCAGCAGUCGGGGCAGGUGGGCCGCCGCCCAGGCUGAGGUGGCGCCCAAGACGCGGCUGAGCUCGCCCAGGGGGGGCGGCCGCAGGAAGCCACCGCCGCCGCCACCGCCGGCCUCCGCCAGCAGCGCCAGCGGCCCGGGCCGGGGGGGCCGAGGAGGCGGGGGCGGCAGGACGGGGGGCGGGGGCGGCCACCUGGCCCGGACCACCCCGGCCCGCCGCGCCGUCAACAAAGUGGUGUACGAUGACCACGAGAGCGACGACGACGACGAGGAGGAGGACAUGGUCUCGGAGGAGGACGAGGAGGAGGAAGAGGACGGCGACGCCGAGGAGACCCAGGAUUCUGAGGACGACGAGGAGGAUGACAUGGAGGAGGACGACGAUGACUCCGAUUACCCGGAGGAGAUGGAAGACGACGACGACGACGCCAGUUACUGCACGGAAAGCAGCUUCAGGAGCCACAGCACCUACAGCAGCACUCCAGGUAGGCGAAAACCAAGAGUACACCGGCCUCGCUCUCCAAUAUUAGAAGAAAAGGACAUCCCACCCCUGGAGUUCCCCAAGUCCUCUGAGGAUUUAAUGGUGCCUAAUGAGCAUAUAAUGAAUGUCAUUGCCAUUUAUGAGGUGGUGCGGAACUUUGGCAAUGUUUUACGGUUGUCCCCUUUUUGCUUUGAGGACUUCUGUGCAGCUCUGGUGAGCCAAGAGCAGUGCACACUCAUGGCAGAGAUGCACGUGGCACUUCUGAAAGCAGUUCUUCGCGAAGAGGACACAUCUAACACCACCUUCGGCCCUGCGGAUCUGAAAGACAGCGUGAAUUCCACCCUGUACUUCAUCGACGGGAUGACGUGGCCGGAGGUCCUGAGGGUCUACUGUGAGAGUGAUAAGGAGUAUCAUCAUGUUCUUCCUUACCAGGAGGCAGAGGACUAUCCGUAUGGACCAGUGGAGAACAAAAUCAAAGUUCUCCAAUUUCUAGUUGAUCAGUUCCUUACGACCAAUAUUGCUCGUGAGGAGCUGAUGUCUGAAGGGGUGAUCCAGUACGAUGACCACUGUAGGGUCUGUCACAAACUGGGAGAUUUGCUUUGCUGUGAGACAUGCUCAGCUGUGUACCAUUUAGAAUGUGUGAAGCCACCUCUUGAAGAGGUGCCAGAGGACGAGUGGCAGUGUGAAGUCUGUGUAGCACACAAGGUGCCUGGGGUGACUGACUGUGUUGCUGAAGUCCAAAAGAAUAAACCAUAUGUUCGACAUGAACCUAUUGGGUAUGACAGAAGCCGGAGGAAAUACUGGUUCUUAAACCGAAGACUCAUAAUAGAAGAAGACACAGAAAAUGAAAAUGAAAAGAAAGUCUGGUACUAUAGUACAAAGGUCCAGCUUGCAGAAUUAAUAGACUGUCUAGACAAAGACUACUGGGAAGCAGAAUUGUGCAGAGUUCUAGAAGAGACUCGAGAGGAGAUGCACCAGCACAUGGCCAUCACGGAAGACCUGACCAACAAAGCUCGGGGCACCAACAAAUCCUUUCUAGCAGCAGCUAAUGAAGAAAUUUUGGACUCCUUAAGAAUCAAAAGAGGGGACGAUAUUGAUUGUGAUCAGAGCCCAGAAGACACAGAAAAAGACAAGGAUGAGGUGGAGAGUGGCAGCUCCAGAGAUGCGGAGAAGAACAGAGAGGGUUCAGGAGACCAGUCCCUCGAGAAGGGCAGUGGCGACACAGCCUUGGGUGAAGAGCCUGGGCAAGGAAAAACUGAGGAGCCAACAGAAGUUGGGGAUAGAGGUAACUCUGUGCCAGAAAAUCUUGGUGACAACACAACUAAUGCUUCUUCAGAAGAGACUAGUCCCUGUGAAGGGAGGAGCCCCGAGGGCUGUCUCUCAGAAACCCAUGAUAGCAGCAACAUGGCAGAGAAGAAGGUGGCACCUGAGCUCCCCCCGGACGUACCAGAAGACUCUAACAAGACAUGUGACAGCAGUAACACUAGUGCCACCACUACCUCCAUCCAGCCUAAUCUGGAAAACAGUAACAGCAGCAGUGAACUCAGUUCUUCCCAGAGUGACUGUGCUAAGGCAGCAGAUGACCCUGACGCUGCAGAGGGAGACUCCCACACACCUGUCUCUGCUCAAGAAGAGACAGGUGACUUCCGAUUGGAGAAGUCUAAUGGAGAGAUGGCUGAGUCCCCUGGAGCUGGGAGAGGAACGUCCGGCUCUACUCGAAUCAUCACCAGAUUGCGAAAUCCGGAGAGCAAACUUAGUCAGCUGAAGAGUCAGCAGGUGGCAGCGGCGGCCCAUGAAGCAAAUAAGUUGUUUAAGGAGGGCAAAGAGGUGUUGGUAGUUAACUCCCAAGGAGAAGUUUCGAGGCUGAGCACCAGAAAGGAAGUGGUCAUGAAAGGGAACAUCAACAAUUAUUUUAAGCUGGGACAGGAAGGGAAGUACCGAGUCUACCACAAUCAGUACUCCACCAAUUCGUUUGCCCUGAAUAAGCACCAGCACCGGGAGGAUCAUGACAAGAGGAGGCACCUCGCGCAUAAAUUCUGCCUCACUCCAGCCGGGGAGUUCAAAUGGAAUGGAUCUGUUCAUGGCUCCAAAGUCCUUACCAUAUCUACGCUGAGACUCACCAUCACGCAGUUGGAAAGCAACAUCCCUUCUUCCUUUCUUCAUCCCAACUGGGCUUCUCACAGGGCUAAUUGGAUCAAAGCUGUUCAGAUGUGUAGUAAGCCCAGAGAGUUUGCCUUGGCUCUUGCAAUUUUGGAGUGUGCAGUUAAGCCUGUUGUGAUGCUGCCAAUAUGGCGAGAAUCUCUAGGACACACCAGAUUACACAGAAUGACAUCAAUUGAAAGGGAAGAAAAGGAGAAAGUUAAAAAAAAGGAGAAAAAGCAAGAGGAGGAGGAGACAAUGCAGCAGGCCACGUGGGUAAAAUACACGUUUCCAGUGAAACAUCAGGUUUGGAAACAAAAAGGAGAGGAAUACAGGGUGACAGGGUACGGCGGCUGGAGCUGGGUCAGCAAAACACAUGUUUAUAGGUUUCUUCCCAAAUUACCCGGCAAUACUAAUGUGAACUACAGGAAGCCAUUUGAUGGAGCUAAAAAUACUACAGAUGAAAAUAAGGAUGAAUCAGAUAAAAGAAAAAGUCCACGAAGUCCAAAAAAAAUCAAGACAGAGUGUGAUUCGGAGAAAGGGGAAGCAAAAGGUGCAGACGCUGCCGCAGGAGCAGAGGAGAGCGCCAUGGAGCUGUCCAAGGUGGCUGAGAAGAAGGGGCAAGAUAUGAAAGAAGUUUCAGAUUCUGAUCAUGACAAAUCCUUCAAGGAAGAACCGAUGGAGGUAGAUGAUCACGUGAGAACAGAGUCACACAUAAACUGUCAGGAGAACACUCAAGUGGAUGUGGUCAAUGUCAGUGAGGGCUUCCAUCUAAGGACUAGUUACAAAAAGAAAACGAAGUCCUCCAAGCUGGAUGGGCUCCUGGAAAGGCGGAUUCGACAGUUCACACUGGAAGAGAAGCAGCGCCUUGAAAAACUGAAGCUUGAGAGCGGGGUGAAGGGAGUAGGCAAGCCCCCCACAGGCGCUCUUAAAAGCCCCUCUGAAUCAGCAGUAACAGCAAAGGCCAGCGAAGGCUGUCAGGGUGACUUGCUGAGACAGGAACAAAGCCCUAGCCCAAGCCAGGCUACCCCUGGUGACUCUGGACAGGGGUGCUCACAAAGUGAUUCCUCAGUUCUUGGCCUCAGUGAACCUUGUCUGAGUACAAGCAGACUCUGUCCAAAAGAUGAAGUGUCAGAUGGUGUCUCUGUUCAGGGUUCAAGGCCAAACUCUCAGAGACAGAAUGCUGUUGAAAGUGACCUGAAUGCCAGUAUCCCAGAGCCUGCCAGUAAGGGACUAGAACUAAGUCAGACUAAAACAAAAGGAAGUGACUUUUUCAUUGAUGACUCUAAACCAACCAAUGCAGAUGACGUUGGCACUUUGACCUCUAAGAGCAAAAAGCCACUCUCACUGGAAGAUAGCAGCACCAAGAGUACAUUACCUGUGUCAGUACCUAAAAGUACCAGUGACAGAGAUGCCCGGUCCUUCCCAAAAGCCAUGGACUUUGAUGGGAAACCAGGUUGUGACUCUGAAUAUAAUAGCACUUUGGAAAAUAGUUCUGAUAUUCAGGAUAGCAGUGAAGAAGAUAUGAUUGUUCAGAAUAGCAAUGAAUGUACCUCUGAGGAGUUCGUAACUCCAGACCAAGGCAUGGGGAGUGUGGAGCCUUCAAAAUGUGAGUUAGUUCCUAAAUCCACUGAAAAUUGUGAAGAUAAACUACAGGGUAAGGUAACUGAAGCAAAUGGUAAAAGAACAGGUCAGCACCAAAAGCCUGAUGAGAGACCAGUUAACAAAUGCACUGACCAAAUUAGCCUAAAACAUGCCACCGACAAAAGGAAUAAUGAAAAUCGAGAGUCUGAAAAGAAAGGACAGAAGGCAAAUAAAUUACAAAUAAAUGGCAAAGAUAGCAAAGCUAAGGGGUACCUCAAGGGGCAGUGCAUGAAGGACGGCUCUGAAGGUAAAGUUGUGAGUGGUACUGUUGAACCAAAGGUCAAUAAUAUCAAUAAAGUCAUCUCUGGAAAUGUCAAGUCUCUUACUGUUAAAGAAUCUGCUGUGAAGCCGUUCGUUAACGGUGACAUUAUCAUGGAAGAUUUCAAUGAGCAAAACUGUUCAGAAACCAACUUGCAUUCACUGAGCUCUUCAGAUGCCAAAGGUAAUCACCAAGACAGCCUCCAUACCCUACCGUCCACCAAAGAGUCAGACAGUACCCAGGUAAUCAUACCCCCAGCCCCUUGUCCAGAAAGUAAUUCAUUUAAUCAGGUGGAAGAUAUGGAAACGGAGAGUCCAGAGGUUAAGAAGGUUACGCCAUCUCCUGUUACUUGUGGAGAGGUGUCUAACCUUAAUAAUGACUUCCUGGAUGAAAAUGGUCUGCCCUCCAGCAAAGACGAGAAUGUCAAUGGAGAGUCCAAAAGGAAAACAAUCAUCACAGAAGUUACCACGAUGACAUCCACAGUUGCCACAGAAUCAAAAACUGUCAUUAAGGUAGCAAAAGGCGACAAGCAAACUGUGGUUUCUUCCACAGAAAAUUGUGCCAGAUCCACUGUCACAACUACCACUACCACGGUGACAAAGCUCUCCACACCCUGCCCAGAAAGCGGUAUGGACACCAUCUCUGUAAAGGAGCAGAGCAAAACCGUGGUCACAACGACAGUGACGGACUCCCUAACCACUGCAGGAAGCACGCUGGUGACAUCUAUGACAGUGAGCAAAGAAUACUCCACAAGAGACAAGGUGAAACUGAUGAAGUUCUCAAGACCCAAGAAGACCCGCUCAGGGACAGCCCUGCCAUCCUAUAGGAAGUUUGUUACCAAGAGCAGCAAAAAGAGCAUUUUUGUGCUGCCUAAUGAUGACUUGAAAAAGCUGGCCAGAAAAGGAGGGAUCCGGGAAGUCCCUUACUUUAAUUAUAAUGCAAAGCCUGCCUUGGACAUAUGGCCAUACCCUUCUCCUAGGCCAACCUUUGGUAUCACGUGGAGGUAUAGACUUCAGACGGUAAAAUCCUUAGCAGGAGUGAGCCUGAUGUUACGGUUACUGUGGGCCAGUUUGAGAUGGGAUGACAUGGCAGCCAAGGCUCCUCCAGGAGGAGGGACUACACGGACAGAAACAUCUGAGACUGAAAUCACAACCACAGAGAUAAUUAAGAGGCGUGACGUGGGUCCUUACGGCAUUCGUUCUGAGUACUGUAUCAGGAAGAUCAUUUGCCCCAUUGGAGUUCCAGAAGCACCAAAGGAAACACCCACACCUCAGCGGAAAGGCCUUCGGUCAAGUGCACUGCGGCCAAAGAGACCCGACACGCCCAAGCAGACCGGCCCUGUUAUUAUUGAAACCUGGGUGGCAGAAGAGGAGUUGGAGCUCUGGGAGAUCAGGGCUUUUGCUGAGAGAGUGGAGAAAGAGAAGGCUCAAGCGGUGGAGCAGCAGGCAAAGAAACGUUUGGAGCAGCAGAAACCUGCAGCCAUUGCGGCAUCUACCACAUCCCCAGCAAACAGCACAAGCAGCACCGUCUCACCAGCUCAGAAAGUGAUGGUGGCUCCCAUAAGUGGCUCAGUCACCCCUGGAACAAAGAUGGUGCUGGCCACCAAAGUUGGGUCUCCUGCCACAGUCACAUUCCAGCAAAACAAGAAUUUCCACCAAACCUUUGCCACGUGGGUGAAGCAAGGCCAGUCCAAUUCAGGCGUGGUCCAGGUACAGCAGAAAGUCCUGGGUAUCAUUCCAUCAACGACAGGUCCGAGUCAGCAAACCUUUACUUCAUUCCAGCCCAGGACUGCAACCGUCACAAUUAGGCCCAAUACCUCAGCCUCUGCGGGAACCACUACUACGUCACAGGUGAUCACGGGGCCUCAGAUCCGUCCCGGUAUGACGGUGAUUAGGACACCACUGCAGCAGUCAACACUAGGAAAGGCCAUCAUUCGCACACCCGUGAUGGUGCAGCCAGGGGCUCCCCAACAAGUGGUGACUCAGAUCAUCCGAGGACAGCCUGUUUCCACUGCCAUUUCUGCUCCAAGUACGACUUCUUCAUCACCUGGGCAAAAAGCUUUAGGUGCAGGAACAGCAGCCGGGGCUCUACAGCCGUCAACGCCACAACCUCCUCGUCCCCAGCAAGGGCAAGUGAAGCUCACCAUGGCUCAGCUCACUCAGUUAACGCAGGGCCAUGGCGGUAACCAAGGCUUAACAGUAGUAAUUCAAGGACAAGGUCAAACUACUGGACAGUUGCAGUUGAUACCUCAGGGGAUGACCGUCCUUCCAGGGCCAGGGCAGCAGCUCAUGCAAGCUGCAAUGCCCAAUGGUACCGUCCAGCGAUUCCUCUUCACCCCGCUGUCAACCACAGCCACGACCAGCAGCAGCACGGCCACUGCCUCCACAGCAGCAGGGUCAGAACAAAAACAGAGUAAAUUGUCACCCCAGACCCAGGUCCAACCAGCCACAACCCUGGCGCCAGCUCAGUCUUCAAGUGUGAGUCCUGCAGAAGCCCGGCCACAGACUCCUCAGCCUGCCACACAGCCCCAGCCCCAGCCCCAGCCCCCAGCUCAGCCUGAAGUCCAGCCCCAGCCAGCUGUCUCGUCCCAUGUCCCUUCUGAAGCACAGCCCUCCCAGGCACAGUCAUCUAAACUCCAGCAACAGUGUCAGCCUCAGAGCUGUGUCCAAGGACAGUCUCCUGUUCGUGCCCAGAGCCCACCACUGACUGGAAUACGUCCAUCAGCUCCAUCCCAAGUGACCCCUGGACCGCAGCCGCAGGUUCAGACUGCAGCCUCACAGGUGGCUUCAGGCCCACCCUCCACCUCUCUGCAGACGCCUGCACAAGGCCAGCCACAGUCACAGCCCCAGGUACAGUCUUCAACUCAAACUCUUUCUCCAGGACAGACAUUCAGUCAAGUUACUGUCUCGUCCCCAUGCUGUCCUCAGCUACAAACACAGCAGCUGCAGCCCCAAGUCAUUACUGUGCCUGAGCUCCAGCAAGUCCAGGCUCUCUGUCAGAUCCAGUCCCAGGUUGUGGCUCAGAUACAGGCUCAGCAAGGUGGUGGUGUGCCCCAGCAGAUCCAGCCGCAGUUACCCAUUCAAGUUCAGCAAAGCAGUGCUGUGCAGACCGAGCAUGUUCAGAGUGUGGUCACAGUGCAGGCAGCCAGUGUGCAAGAGCAGUUGCAGAGGGUUCAGCAUCUCAGGGAUCAGCAGCAAAAGAAGAAGCAGCAGAUAGAGAUUGAGCGUGAACACACCCUCCAAGCUUCUGCCCAAAGGGAAAUCAUUCAGAAACAGGUGGUGAUGAAGCAUAAUGCUGUAAUAGAACAUUUAAAACAGAAAAAGACCAUGACUCCAGCUGAAAGAGAAGAAAAUCAAAGAAUGAUUGUGUGUAACCAGGUGAUGAAGUACAUUCUGGAUAAGAUAGACAAAGAAGAGAGACAGGCGGCAAAGAAACGCAAGCGCGAGGAGAGCGUGGAGCAGAAGCGGAGCAAGCAGAACGCCAGCAAGCUCUCUGCUCUGCUCUUCAAACACAAGGAGCAGCUCAAGGCCGAGAUCCUGAGAAAGAGGGCACUGCUGGACAAGGAGCUGCAGAUCCAGGUGCAGGAAGAGCUGAAGAGAGACCUGAAAAUGAAGAGAGAGAGAGACAUGGCACAGGCUGUACAGGUCAGUGCUGCUGCAUCACCCACACCCUCAGUGCCAGCGCCAGCGCCAGCGCCGCCACCGGCAGCCCCGCCGGCUCCUCCUCCUUCACCUCCCUUGGCACACGGUCUGCCAUCUGCGGGCCACCCCACAGCCCCACUGCCCGCCGCUUCCCAGAAGAGGAAGCGGGAGGAGGAGAAGGACUCCAAGUCCAAAAAGAAGAAGAUGAUCUCCACCACCUCCAAGGAGGCCAAGAAAGACACCAGGCUGUACUGCAUCUGCAAGACGCCCUACGACGAGUCCAAGUUCUAUAUUGGCUGUGAUCUUUGUACUAACUGGUAUCAUGGAGAAUGUGUUGGCAUCACAGAAAAGGAGGCUAAGAAAAUGGAUGUGUACAUCUGUAAUGAUUGUAAGCGGGCACAAGAGGGCAGCAGUGAGGAAUUGUACUGUAUCUGCAGGACACCUUAUGAUGAGUCACAAUUUUAUAUUGGCUGCGAUCGAUGUCAGAAUUGGUACCACGGGCGCUGUGUUGGCAUCUUGCAAAGUGAGGCAGAGCUCAUUGAUGAGUAUGUCUGUCCACAGUGCCAGUCGACAGAAGAUGCCAUGACGGUGCUCACACCACUGACAGAGAAAGACUAUGAGGGUUUGAAGAGGGUGCUGCGCUCCCUACAGGCCCAUAAGAUGGCUUGGCCUUUCCUUGAGCCGGUAGACCCCAAUGAUGCACCAGACUAUUACGGUGUUAUUAAAGAGCCAAUGGACCUUGCCACCAUGGAAGAAAGAAUACAAAAACGGUAUUAUGAAAAACUGACUGAGUUUGUGGCAGAUAUGACCAAAAUUUUUGAUAACUGCCGUUACUACAAUCCCAGUGACUCCCCCUUUUACCAAUGUGCAGAAGUUCUUGAGUCAUUCUUUGUACAGAAACUGAAAGGAUUCAAGGCUAGCAGGUCUCAUAACAACAAGCUGCAGUCUACAGCUCCUUAGAGCUCAGCGUGUCACCUAAGCGAGACACAGCGAGAGGCUGGUGGCCUGAACUAUUUAAGUUAAAGCCACAUGUUUUCAGUCAGGCUAUCCCGACAAGGCUUGACCAUAACCUCGUUCCUAUUGGUCACAACAGUCCAAUUGUAUUCUUGGCCAGUUUUGUCCAACGGACAAAGGAAAAGCAAAGUCAACGGCACCAUUGUCUUGUCGAGAGCAAAUGGCUUUACCAAUGUGGCAGAAGCAGGAAACUUUUGUUUAUUGAAAAAAAAAAAAAAAAAAAGAAAAAGCAAGAAAAAAAAAAGAUGCUAUGGGGUCAAGUGUAACUCCGUGGGUGCCACGCCUGCUCUUCAGUGAAGAAGCUGCUUAGAGUCUCUCAGAAAACUUUUUGACUGUAUUUAUUUAUUGUUGCAAAAAAGACGCUUUUUUAUUGCUGCCCUCAUUUGUCAGCUAAUUAUUUUUUCUUAUAAAAUCCAGCCCUGGUUACGUGUAUCCAUCUAUAUCUUAUCAUGAUUCCUGUAGGUGAAGUACAAGGCGACCUCUAGAUGUCUUUUCUUUCUAUGAAAGGAGCUGCUAUGUACACAUGUGCACACACAACUGGGAAUCAACAAUGAGUUUAUUGUUCAUGGUAGACACAGAUGAAGCUUGCAGGAAGGCUGGGAUAAGUAAGUGGUCCUGGACUACAGACUCCGUUGCCUUGAAUACACCAGUACAAACUGUCAUUUACUCUGCACCAGGCUAAAUGAGCAAAAUCUAUUUGAAGGUAUCUUGUUUGUAAACAUUUGUCAGAUUCUAAUUUUUUUCUUUUUGUAUGAAAAUUCAACUAUGGAUGUAUAUGAAUCGAAAUAAAUGGAGAUAAUUUUUCUCCCACA